UGUCCUGUGAACUCAUUUCACCUUCCAUCGCAUCUUCGGAGGCGGAUACCGAGACGCCCGCUGUCGCUCCUCGCCGCCCGCUGUCGCUCCUCGCCGCUCGCUGUCGCUCCUCGCCGCCAGCCCCCCUGAAACUAAGCGGCAUUGUAGUAGGGUAUGUAGGGAGAGUUUGCAGUAGUGCUGCUGCGGUAUACACUGUAUCAAUGAAUGAAUUAACCACCAUGGAUAAAGCGGUUCCAGGUUUCUGAUGAAAUAUUGAUUGAAGCCGGUGUCCAAUGACACAACCGCAAAUGCGAACCGACAAAGCAAGUUUAACCGGUGAUUAAAAGUCAUUGUGGAUGUGAAACACAGCGACGUUUCAAUACCCGGGUCAUUCAUUGCAACACCACUGUCCAAUGUCCAUCAUUAACGCACUAUAAAUGUGUAAACCCUCUCACCAUGAACGUUAAAAUCUCCGUCGGUUGUACUUUGGCGUUCACCUUAGUGGACCUCAUCGUCAGCACAGUGCUCUACUGCCACGGCUCGCGACUCAGCAGCUUCUCCGAGGACCUCCUGGACUUCAACGUCCUCCUGUCCCUUGUGGACCUCUGGGGCUGCGUCCUGAUCAGGGCAUGCCUGCUGCUGGGGGCCUCCGCGGGGGUGCUAUGGAACCGAGAGCUGGGUCCCCGACGGGUCUCCCAGCUGUACACCCUGGUCCUGCUGGUCUCCUUGGCCCUGGGGACCUUCGCCCUGGUGAAGCUGCUCAUCCUGUCGGAGCGGGAGGGGGGUCUGACCCCCUGGUUCCUGGGCCUGUUCUCCUGGACUUGUGUCUCGGCCCUGGGGAUGGUGCUGCUCUGGGGGCUCCUGGGGAAGGAGACCGUCCCGGGUGGGGGUGGUGGUGGUGGUGGUGACGGAGGAGGAGAUGAGGACAGGGAGAGACUGGUGGACGACCGGGAGAAGAAGGAGGAGGAGGAGGAGGAGAAGGAGGAAGGAGAAGAGGGUCUGGGGAGGAGAACUGGUGCGAAGGCGGGCCCCCAGAAGACGGGCUCCGGGGCCACGUUGGGACGCCUGCUGUGGUACUGCAGCGAGGACGUGGGGCUGCUCUCCACCGCCUUCCUCUUCCUGCUCAUCUCGGCUGUGUGUGAAGCCUUCCUCCCCUACUACACGGGGAAAGCCAUCGAUGGCAUCGUGACUCAACAGAGCAUGGAGGACUUCACCCAGCCACUGCUCAAGCUCUCUGCACUGGCCCUAGCCAGCGCGCUGGCCAUCGGCGUGCGUGGGGGCGUGUUCUCGCUGACCCUGGCCCGGCUCAGCCUCCGUCUGAGGAACAAGCUCUUCAGGUCCCUGAUGAGGCAGGAGAUCGGCUUCUUCGACGCGAACCACACAGGUGACAUCACGUCCCGGCUGACGUCGGACACCACCCAGGUGAGCGACCUGGUGUCGAUCAACGUCAACAUCUUCCUGCGCAGCGCGGUGAAGGCGGUGGGCUUCUUCGUGUUCAUGUUCGGCCUCUCCUGGAGGCUGACUCUGGUCACGCUCAUGGGCUUCCCCUUCAUCGCCGUGGUCUCCAAGGUGUACGGGGACUACUACAAGCGCCUGACGAAGGAGGUGCAGACGUCGCUGGCGGCGGCCAACAAAGUGGCGGAGGAGGUCAUCUCUUCCAUGCGGACGGUGCGGAGCUUCGCCUGCGAAGAGCGUGAGGCGGACUCGUACUACAGCCGGCUGCUGGUCAUGUACCGGCUGAACCGCCGGCAGGCCCUGGCCUACGCCUGCUUCAUGUGGUCCAGCUGUUUCUCUGAGCUCGCCCUGGAGGUGGCCAUCCUCUACUACGGGGGUCACCUGGUGGUCUCGGGCCAGAUGACCGGGGGCACCCUCAUCGCCUUCGUCAUCUACGCCCUGGAGCUCGUGGAAUGCCUGGAGAGUAUCUCGUCGGUCUACUCGGGCCUCAUGCAGGGCGUGGGCGCGGCUGAGAAGGUGUUUGAGUACCUGGACCGGGAGCCUCAGCACAGGAACGACGGCCAGGAGGCCCCGCCCACCUGCACCGGAUUGGUGGAGUUCAGAGACGUGACGUUCGCCUACCCCACGCGACCGGAGACGGCCAUACUGAAGGGCGUGUCCUUCACCCUGCGUCCGGGCGAGGUCACGGCCCUGGUCGGGCCCUCCGGCAGCGGGAAGAGCUCGUGCGUGGGGCUCCUGGAGAACUACUACCCCCCGGGGGACGGCCAGGUGCUGCUGGACGGACGGCCCGUGCACACGUACCGCCACGACCACCUGCACUCUGCGGUGUCUCUGGUGGGCCAGGAGCCCGUCCUGUUCGCCCGCACCGUGGAGGAGAACAUCUCCUACGGGCUGACGGACGUCUCCAUGGAGACGGUGGUGGAGGCGGCCUCCCAGGCCAACGCCCACGACUUCAUCAGCGCGCUGACCCGGGGCUACGACACUGGGGUCGGAGAGAAGGGGACCCAGCUGUCGGGGGGCCAGAAGCAGCGGGUGGCCAUCGCCAGAGCCCUGAUCCGCCAGCCGCGCGUCCUGAUCCUGGACGAGGCCACCAGCGCCCUGGACGCCGAGAGCGAGCACAUCGUGCAGCAGGCGCUGGGCGCGGUGAUGCGCGGCCGCACGGUGCUGGUGGUGGCCCACCGCCUCAGCACGGUGGAGCGCGCCCACAACAUCCUGGUGCUGGAGGCGGGCGCCGUGGCGGAGCAGGGCAGCCACGCCCAGCUCAUGGCCCGCGGCGGCCUCUACUGCCGGCUGGUGCAGAGGCAGCUGCGGGGGCUGGAGGCCGGCGAAGCGGAGGUCCCGACCGUCCCCACAGGAGGAGGAGGAGGAGGAGGAAGAGAGGAAGAAGAGGAAGAGCGGCCGGCGUGGGCGGACGGUGGCUGCGGCGGCGGCGGCGGCGGCGGGUUGUAGCGCGCCGCUCUGCUGUGAUGCGGUCGCCGUGACGUCACGGCGCGAUGUCAUGGCGACAAGGGAUGGGAUGACAUUUUACUUUUACAUUUGGGGCGUUUAGCAGACGCUUUAUCCAAAGCGACUUAUCACUUGUCGGCGUGUUCUCACGGCGACAAGUGAUGGGAUGAACUCGGUUGUCAUGGGAGACGUGGGGCCCAGGAUGAACUCACUGCCGGCGGGAAAAGGACGAACUCACUAGCUGACCAUAACAACAAGGGAUUCAUCCUAUCACUUGUCGGCGUGUCGUCAUGGCGACCAGUGAUGGGAUGAAUGUUAUCAAUGGUCAACGUGGAGGCCUAUGGAUGACCUCACUUGUUGACCCCCUAAUCCCUUUAUAGUGGACACUAUGGAGCAUACUGUUUAUGGAACGAGGGAGGCAGGGAAUAAGAGGGAAUUUAGACACUUAUUAUGCACCGGGAAUCAACCCGAACGCCGUGGAUUGGGGGCAUAAGUCACCCGACCUACUACACGCUACUCGCUCUAUCUACCAUGCAGUCUGCUGGGGUGGAGGGAGGAGGGAGGAGUGGACAGAAGUUGUGCACUGCUUCAACGGUGCAUCAGUGGUAAAGUGCACUUUGUAGGAAACCAGGUCUGGCCACUCCCUUUUCAGACACUAUAAAAGGGGCUUGGCCAUCAAGAGAACAUUUUUAUUGGAAAGAUAGGAAGAUGAUGUUAGAUUUGUGGGGAUAUGUAUGUUUGCUUUGACUUGGAAGGAAUCACCAAAGAUCCGAGAUCUAAAAAGGGGAUUUUAGUCGGCCAGUAAAUGAUGCUGGAUUGGACUGAUGCUAGUGACAAUGAUGCACCAUAAUGAUGAUUGCUGCUGAAUGAUUGCACUUUUAUUUAUUAUAUUGUAUUCAUAUUAAUGCCUCCACCCCAAAAAAAAAGAAAGAAUUUGCGUGUAUUUUAAACAUGUUUUUAUGUGCUACAGUGAGAUAAGAUAUUUUGACAUGAAACAACGCCUUUUUUAACUGGACGAACCCCGCUCCCUCUCCCACCACGGAGUGUGUGCACACCGGGAGAGGCGGGACCUGGGAGAAGUAGAAUUCCCCGCCCACCUUCACCAUGUUGAGCGCUUCCUCCUACAGAAGGGUGGUUUGGUAACAAAGGGUGUCGCCGCCACCCAGCAAACGUUUCUCUCUUAUCACAGAUGAUCAGAUCUACCAAAACCCAAGUCUAGCCUUGCGAUUUGAAUCGUGGUGGAGGUGAAUGUAAGUGAGUGAAUAUAACUAUUUAAGGAAUAAAGAUUCGAUAAGCUUUG